AUGAAGGCAAUCUCUACCAUCCUCUGCCUCGCCCUGCCUCUGCUGGCGAGCGCCGCUCCGGGCCUCCAAAAAAGGACAAUGUGCAACGUCUUCAAUAACGACGGUGCUGUGAAGUGCAGAAGCAAGCCAAACUUUGAUGCUCAUAUAGUCACUACCAUUGGAGACGGAGAUGCUUGGGACUUUUCUUGCUACAAGUCGGGAGAUUGCUAUGAGGGCGUCUGUGCUUAG